AAACCAUUCGCCGUCUUCCCCUCCUCCCCCAUCGCCACCAGCGCUGCGGCCACUCGCGCUUGCCAGCCCGUCGCCUCCGCCCCCCUCCACCCACUGGGCCGCGCUCCGCAUCUCCCGGAGCGCGGCGCGCCGUUGCCCGGCGCCGCCGCGGCCGGGCGGCAUGAAGAGCCUGUGGAAGCAGAGCGGCGGCCUGGUGUGCGCGGACGCCGGGCCCCUCGGCCGGCUCGGCGGCCGCUCGCGGCGCCGCGCCAGGCUCACCCUGUACGGGUUUGCCGUCGCCUUCGCCGCGUUCACCGCCUACGUCGCCUUCGCCACGCCCUCCUCCGCGGGCGGCGCCGGCGCCGGUGAGGCGCCGGGUGGCGCCUCGUGGUUCGGCGGCGUGUACGCGUCCACGGCGCCGUACCGCUCGCAGAUUUCAAGCUUCUUCUCGUCCAUCCUGCCCGCCGACGCGCCCGCCCCUUCGCCGGGGCCGCUGCGCGCCCCGGCAGGUGGAUCGGGCGGCGGCGGUGGCGACGAGAGCGGGGAGUCAGCGGGGAGCGCGGCGGGAAGCAACAACUCUGCUGCGCCUGGGUCUGGUAAGCAGUUGGGCAGUGGUGCUGGUUCUCCGAUCGGCAAUGCCGGCGGCGGGAGUGUGCCUCCGGCCGCCGAUUUGGCCGGAACCGGCAUUAUCGACAAGGGCGGAGGCGGAGCUCCGACGAAUAACUCUGCGUCGAGUGGCGGUGCGCCGAACGGCGCGGUGGAUCGGAAUAAUGGAAACGGCGGAGGCGUUUCCAGUAGUAGGGCGGGGGGCGGCAGUGGAUCCCCAGCCAGUAGUGCCGCCGGAGACGGAGCUGUGGCGAAGACCGGUGAGCAGAGUGUUGACGCGUCUGGCAAGCAGUCGGGAAGUGGAAGCGGAGCCCCGAGCAACGCUGCUGCCGGACAAGGCAGCCCUGUGAGAACCGAGGCCAAAGUUGGAGAUUCUGUUCCCAGCAAUAAUUCUGCUGGGAUUAGCAGCUCGGAGAAGGUUGAUUUGAGCACCGGAUCUUCUAAUAAUCAGGCUGGAAAUGGAAGUGGCGCCCCAACCAGUGGUUCUACUUCUGGAAAUAGCAGCUCGUUGAAGGCACAAGGUGCUGUUGGUGCUGGGAGCAGUGGUUCUUCUGGAAAUGGCACAGAAAAGAAGGCUGAUUUGAGUAAAAGUUCAGAUGCUCAGCCAGGGAGUGGAAAUGGAGAUGCAAGCCAUAAAUCAACUGGAAAUUCUAGUCUGGUGAAGAGCACAGAUACAAAGGCUGGUUCGAAUAAUAGCUCAGAUGCUCAGCAAGGGAGUGGGAAUGGAGAUGCAAGUGGUAAAUCAACUGGAAGCUCCAGUCCGGCAAUGAGCGCAGAUCUGAAGGCUAGUUCAAAUAAUGGUUCAGGUGCUCAGCCAGGGACUGGAAGUGGCGAUGCAAACCAUAAAUCAGCUGGAAGUUCUACUCCGGCGAAAAGCAGUACUACUCCUGUGAAGAGCAAUGAUGGAGGCGAGCAAGAUAGUACCAGAGUGAGUGCUGUUCCAAUUAGUAAUCAAACAGGCAGUCUGGCAUUGGCAAGGGAGAAAGAAGUUGGAUCUCCCAGGAAGAACAACACAGCUGUAGCAUCUCCGGCUGUGAAGAAUCAGGAACUGACAAGCAGUGGAAUUGCUUCUGGUGGAAGCAGUGGUACAGUGAAUAAGCAGAAGGACGGUGGUACUCAGGGGCAGGGCAGUGCUGGUUCAUCAAAGGACCAUUCAGCCCAAGCAGUCACCUCAAAAUCUGGAAACAACAGCAAGGGUAAUGUGUCGACAAUAAAACAGGAUGGAGGCUCUAGUGGAAACAAGAAAGUUGAUUGGUUCAAGCAGGUGGCUGGUUGUGAUCUGUUCCAUGGGCAAUGGGUUAGGGAUGACUUGUACCCUCUCUACCCAGAGGGAUCGUGUCCUCACAUUGAUGAGCCCUUUGACUGCUAUCUAAAUGGCCGACGAGAUCUAGCUUACCAGAAGCUCCGUUGGCAACCCAGCGGAUGCAGUAUCCCAAGAUUGAACCCGACUGACAUGUUGGAGAGGCUGAGAGGAAAACGACUUGUUUUCAUCGGUGAUUCACUCAACAGGAACAUGUGGGAAUCCCUUGUGUGUAUUUUGAGGAAUUCUGUCAAAGACAAGAGGAAGGUUUUUGAGGCAUCUGGCAGGCGUGAAUUUAAGACCGAAGGCUCAUACUCCUUCCUGUUCAUGGAUUAUAACUGCAGCGUGGAGUUCUUCCGCUCCCCAUUCCUAGUACGGGAAUGGGAGACACAAGUAAAUGGUGGAAAGAAAAAGGAAACUCUCAGGCUUGACCUGGUUGAGGAAUCGUCUCCGAAAUACAAGGAUGCAGACUUUCUAAUCUUCAAUACUGGCCAUUGGUGGACACAUGAGAAAACUGCUCUGGGGAAGGACUACUAUCAAGAAGGCAACCACGUGUAUAGGGAGCUUAAUGUCGUGGAUGCCUUUCAUAAAGCUCUUCUCACCUGGUCCAAGUGGAUUGAUGCCAAUGUUAACCCCCAAAAGACCACUGUGUUAUUCAGAGGCUACUCAGCAUCUCAUUUUAGCGGCGGUCAAUGGAAUUCAGGUGGAAACUGCGACAAGGAGAGUGAACAAAUAACAAAUGAGCAGUACCUUUCAACCUACCCACCAAAGAUGAGCAUUUUGGAGGAUGUGAUCCACAAGAUGAAAACUCCAGUUGUCUACUUGAACAUAACUAGAAUGACUGACUACAGAAAGGACGCGCACCCUUCCAUCUACCGCAAGCAGAACCUAACUGACGAGGAGAGGAGAUCGCCUGAGAGAUAUCAGGACUGCAGCCACUGGUGCCUACCUGGAGUACCAGAUUCCUGGAAUGAGCUGCUUUAUGCUCAACUUUUGAUCAGACAGCAUCAAAUGCGCCAACAAUAAAGGCAAGUAGGAUUCUGUUGUUGUCUAGGAUAAUAGUCAACACGAUGAUCAAACUAAGAUCAACACGGGACCUUGGGUUUUUCUAAAUCCAUAUAGAGACUAAAUUGUGUCCAGUUAGUGUUACCUCUCAAUACCAACACAUAUUCUUCAGUAGAGGCUUCUGGGGCGUCAUAUUGUGAAGUUCGUAUCUAGCUAUAAUCAGAAAUAAGAAAAUAGUAUAGAUGUGAUGAUAUAGAUGCUCAUAUGUCUUCUGUGAUUCCCUGCCUGUUCUCUGUGCCUAAGGUUGCUUCAGAAUAUAGACAUAGUUUUUUUUUUCAUUUGAAAUUCAUUUCUACCAAUGAAUCUGGGAUUGGGAAGAUCUAUUUUAGAUGAAGAUCUAACUGUUGGAAAAUGGUAUGCUUUAAUGCCUAAUGUACGGGUGAUGAAAUAUCGUGCUGGGGUUUUAAAUG